CCUACCUCUCAAGGUACUGGAAGACACUCCAUUGCUCCACGACAUCGUCACCCCCCACCCGUCAAGAUGUCGCAGCCGUCGCUCGCCCCCUUCAUCAUCAAGCGUCCCUGGCUGCGGAGGUGGAUGCAGCCGCUGUCGAACUGGUACAUGGACAGCGCCGGAUAUCGCAAAUUGGGAUUGAGAGUCGAUGAUCUGAUCCCCGAAGAGAGCGAGGUGGUGCAGCUGGCCCUCAAGCGUUUGAGCCCCAAGGAGGCGUAUGACCGGGUCUUCCGCAUGCGAAGGGCCUUCCAGUGCUCCUUGACACAUCAGCUGCUUCCGAAGACCGAGUGGACAAAGCCAGAUGAGGACUCCGCCUACCUCUCCCCCAUCAUCCGAGAAAUCGAAAAGGAGCGCGCCGAGAGGGAGGACUUGGACUCCUUGACCAUCAGGAAGAAGCCGGAGCCCGGUAGCAGACGGCAUUGAGUGGUGUCGAGUGGAUAUACGCACUGCCAGACCCGACCGAGCAAUAUGUAUAUAUGAACGCAAGGUUUACAAUCAAUGGCGCUCGUGUAUCUUAUAGAAGUGGCGUGCCAUCGGCAGUGUAUUGAAUGGAGCAUUCGCGAAUGGUCAGCAAGCAGCAGACGGUCUCUUUCAACGCGUGAAUGCAUUGCUAUGGCUAUUUGAUGCUUGUACGCGGCGCGUGCUCGUGUGUGCUUCAGACUGUAUCCAGCAGACUCGGCAGCUGCUGUGUACGUAUCAUUCACAUCUUGUGGACAGCUCAAGUACUCGCCCAAGCCGCCGCAUAUCGCCGGCCGACAAUCUCUUACCAGCCAGGACGGGUUUCGGAUCAAAAUAAAAGGGCUUGGACUGCACCUGAUGUUUUGG